AUGUCUUUGGCUUUUCUAAAAGACCAAGUUGGAAAAUCAUUUGGUAUGAGUCCUGAUAGUUUUGAAAUUCAAAUUUACGAUGAAUGUUUCAAGGAUAUGUGUGUAUUAGACGAUAACUAUUUGGAAGAUUUACAUGAACAAUUACCUCUUACAUCUAUAAGUGAAUUCAAAGGUGAUAUUUUACGGAAUCAUUUUCCAUCAAUUGUUUAUGAUCAUGAUCAAUGCAAGGAAAUAACACAAUUGAACGAUUGUUCACGAGCUUUGUUAUUCGAAUGCAAUACUAUUGAUAACGACAAUACAGCAUCGGAAGAGUUCAAUAUGAUUUUUCCUGACGACAACCAAUGCUCAUGUCCUGCGGAAUUGUUCAUUUCAAGAUCAACAGAAGAAAUUGCAGAUGUGUGUGAAUGCAAUGAGUGUAAUUAUUCGACCAGUCAUGCUCAACCAUUAUCUGAUAUUAAUCAAUUAAAUUUACUUUCAUCAAAUGAUGAUAUCAAAAAAACUAUAUGUGAGUCUGAUGUAUCAAUUGUACAAAGAACUCCGGAAACAUUAUUUUCAUCAGAUAAUGAUGAAUUACGUUUUACUGAAAGUAUGAAUCUUGUGACACAGGAAGCUGUUCAGGACAUAACAGACAUUACUGUAAAUAAAUCUGUCAAUAUCAACACGAUUCCAGUUAUAACACCAUGUACAAGUGUUUGUGAAAACAAUUCAGAUGGUCUUGCCUUAAAUAUUCAUUAUCAAACUGCACAAGCAACUGUACCAAAGGAAUUAUCAACUUCGUUACAAUUUAUACGUGAUGUUCAUCCUUAUCAAAAAACACAACAUGAUAAAGAUACUUUUGAUAAACUGAUAGACAAAAGUAGUUUGUCGUAUGUUAUGCGUAUUCAAGGAUUCAAGACUAAAGCAGACAAAGGAAUAAGUGUUUUACCUCGGCUGAAAAUUCCAAUGUUUUACAUUUCUAAAUAUAAACGAUUAUUGCAACCUAUUCAUUUAAUGGUCGCUGUUGUGCGAGAAGAAAAAAUCAAUAAUAAACGAAAUUGGCAUCUAUGUAGAGAUAUGCAAUUUUUACCUGCUAACAAAAACAAAAUUACGGAAGCUGUAAAUCCGAUUCAACUAAAUCUGAAUUCACUAUCCAUAGAAUCUGAUGGAACUUUUCUAUUAUCUCUACGAUUAAUCAAUAUACCAGUGUUGACUACGACAAAUAAAUCAGACGACAAGUUCUUCUAUCAACUCGAUGAAGAAACAGUUAAAAACUUACAUCAUGCUCAAUAUGAUCCCAAUUUCAUUCGACUUAUGUGUAUACUUGUGCUAAAUCAUAAGGUGGCAUGGAAUACAUUGUGCCUCUCUGAUUAUAUUCGUCCAAAACAAGAAUUACAAACAUGA